AUGCAGGCCUCCACCACCUCCAAAUCCGCUCCGGACUCCCUCUCUAGAGGGAAGCGGAAGCUCCUCCUGAUCUACAUUCAUGGCUUCAUGGGCAACGAAACCAGCUUCCAGAGCUUCCCUGCCCACCUUCACAACUUGUUGUCCGUCACUUUGGAGGAUUUGGGCUGGGGCGUCCACACAAAGGUGUAUCCGAAAUUCGAGACAAGGCACAACAUUUCCGUCGCGACCGAGGCGUUUUCCAAAUGGGUCGCUCAAUUCGAGAAUCAGGGCACGGAUGUGAUAUUGCUUGGGCACUCCAUGGGGGGGAUUCUGGCGGCGGAGGUGGUGUUGCUGAGAGAUGAGCGGGGGGGAUUGAGGCAUAGGAUAUUGGGGGUUGUCACGUUUGAUUCGCCAUUUCUGGGGAUGCAUCCGGGGGUUAUAUCCGCUGGGUUGGGGAGUCUGUUUCGAUCGGAGGGGAAGAGUCCUUCCGAGGAGGGUGGGUCGGGUGAGGGUGGGGGGGUAUACGCAGGUGAAAAUUCGAGUCUGGCUUCGUUAUCAACGGUACCUUCUGGGAGUAGCGUGGAUGAGUUUUUUGAUAAGAGACCGCAGCGGAAUUUCACAGUUGUGCAAAGUAAGCAGGGUAUGUGUUAAUCGCAAUGUGCUUACGAUGUGUGAAUGCUAAUAGGGGUCUAGAGGGAACUUGGGAUUCAGCACUGAAGUUUAUCAAUAAACAUCAUUCUCAUCUUACCUCUGCGACGGGGCAGUACUUGAUGUCGCAUCUUGAGUUCGGGUUUGUUUUCUGCUCUAGCCGCCCUCUGUACCGAGAUCGUUCAACUAACUGCAAUAGUGGCUGCCUCGCUGAUCCCGCAGGCCUGAAAAACCGCUACAACGCUAUCCGAAAACUCGAAACUGGAGAGCCAGCCAUGGACGGUAAAACAACCCGUGUGCGUUUUGUAAACUACUACACAUGCUCCACCGGGCGCUCUAAGGAUCCGCCGAAGCCCGCGCCUGCAGCGGUGCACCCGGAACACUCCUUUGACCUCGCGGACGCGGGGGUGGAAGGGUCGGGUGGUAGCGAAUUACAAGAAAUGACGCGGGAAAUGCACCUUGGGGUCAACUCGUCUCCCCCUAGACCGCACUCUAGGAGCCCUAGCACAAGUACUAUCUCAGCUGGUGAAAUGGCGCUGGCACAACUGGAGCCCGACCCUAUAUCCGAUGGGGCAUCCUAUGAGGAUAAACCAAGUGGGUCUACCCCUGCGCCUAUUUUAGAAACCACAGCAGUGGCGCCUGAGCACGGGAUUUCCGACCAUGGCUCUUCUACUUCCGUCUUUUCCGCUGCUUCCCCACCGGCGCCUCCGGUAAUCUCCCCACCACCACCGAAGCCCACACAAUUUGACUACUCGCAAAUCCCGGAUGCAACAGUGCGCAAAGCUGCUGAGAAAGCAGCUGCAAAGGCAAUGAAAUUAUGGGAGAAGAGCGUGAAAGAUUACGAAAAAGUAGUGAAAGACUGGGAAAAAGCGCUGGAGAAGACAGAGCGGAAGAAACGCGAGAAGGAAAAAAAGGAAAAGAGGAAAUCUGCCACUCAGCACGACGGCGAGGUGGAGAGACUACGGCUAGAGAAGGAAAGAAUGGAAAAGGAAGAGCGACGGUUAAUGGGCGCUCCGGAGCCACCUGCUUACGGUGGACAGAGUUCUAUACCGUCUCCCUCCCCCUCCCCAUCACCAGCCCCCUCGCCGAUACACGGCCCGACCCCGGCCCCUGAAAACCAGCAAAGGAAGAAGCGCGAGAGGAAGUUUUGCCUGAUCCCGCGCACACCGGACGCCUGUUGGAUCAAGGUUGAAAUGACGGGAGUGGAUGAAGUGGGUGCCCAUUGUGGACUGUUCUUUUUGGGGGACGUGUAUGAGAGACUGGUUGGAGAUGUGGCUGGGAGGAUCGAGGGGUGGGUGGGGGAGGAGGGCACUAGGCGGUUGUUG